CUGCUGUCUCCUGGUACGAGGAGUUCCAGAGGCUCUACGACACCAUCCCCUGUGUGGAGGUGCAGGCCCUGAGGGAGCACAGUGACCAGGUGUUGCACCUCAGCUUCUCCCACUCCGGGGCUCUCUUCGCCUCCUGCUCCAAAGACUGCACUGUCAAGAUCUGGAGCAACGAGCUGGACAUCUCCCUGCAGCACAGCUCCAACAUGAGGCCGUACAACUGGAGCUACACCCAGUUCUCCCAGUUCAAUGCUGACGACUCCCUGCUGCUGGUGUCGGGCGUCUUCGUGGGGCCUCACAACUCCUCCUCGGGGGAGAUCGCCGUGAUCAGCAUGGAGAACUUCACGCUGCUUUCCAGGGUGAGGAAUAAACCCUAUGAUGUGUUUGGCUGCUGGCUGAACGAAACCAACCUGAUCUCUGGCAACCUGCAUCGGAUUGGGAGGAUAACCUCCUGUUCUGUGCUCUGGCUGAACAACGCUUUCCAGGGCAUCGAGUCCGAGAACGUGAACGUGGUGAAGAGGCUGGUCAAGAUCCAGAACCUGAACGCCAGCACCCACCGCACGGGGCUGGUGGGCGAGUGUGGCGGCCCCGCCAGCCGCUACGACUGCCCCGACCUGCUGCUGGACUACCAGGAGCAGCUGGCUGCCUCCUCCUCCUCCUCCUCCUGCCCCCUCCUGGAGCUCGGCAGUGACAGCGAGGAAGAGGAGGCCAAGCCCAGGCAGAGCGGGGAGGCAGCAGUGCAGGAGCGGCUGGCGGGCGGGGGGGUGAGCACGGAGGAGGGGCUGCAGCAGCUCUUUGAUGACCUCCUGGAGGGCUGUGUCAGGCCUGCCCUCACUGAGGCACAGCUGGAGACAAAGGUGGCCGAGCUCUUUGUACGCAACAGAACUAAACCCCCCGAGCUGAACCUGCUCCCCACGGACAGCAGCAGCAAGAUGAAGUACUUGAUCUUCACCACGGGAUGCCUCACCUACUCCCCACACCAGAUAGGCAUCAAGAGGAUCCUGCCCCACCAGAUGACGACGGCGGGGCCGGUGCUGGGGGAGGAGAGGCGCUCGGACGAGUUCUUUGACUCCCUGGACCACGUCAUCGACAUCCACGGGCACAUCAUCGGCAUGGGGCUCUCCCCUGACCACAG